UAUCUCAGAGCUGAGGGUACAAAAGACGUCGUUGAAUGCGAGACAUAAUCCUCAAAUUUGUGCAGCAUUCAUCAUCGAAUAUCUUGCGAUCUUUCUAAAUGUUCUCUCGUCUCUCAGCUGUCUCUCUUGCCGUUUUGGCUUUGCCUCUCCUCGCUGCUACUAGCGUGGUAAUAUCCAGAGAAUCUACCAAUACCACUGUAUCCUGGGGCAAAUGCAACACCGGAUCCGCCCAAUGCUGCAAGUCUGUGCAAGACCCUAAAUCUAGCGCCGUUCAGGAUGCCCUCGGUGUAUUGGGGAUUCCAAUCGGCGGCAUCACCGCUGGAGUUGGUCUAACUUGUGACCCCAUCACGGUCGUUGGUCUUGGUACUACCCAGUGUGCGAACCAGCCCGUUUGCUGUGACCAGAACAACUACAACGGCCUUGUUGCUCUGGGCUGCACUCCCAUCAACAUUGGUGCUUAAGCCCUAUCAUGGGGGGUGGACCUAUUGUUAUUUCUUUCCUGGUUCAUGCUAU